GUUGUUUUUGCCUCUACGGAAACUGGAUAAUCAAGGAAGACUGAUUAUCAUCGUACGCAGUACUCGACAUGAUCCGAGAAUACACAAAGUGCCGGACAUAGUUAAGAUCAGUAUCAUGUUGAUAGAGCUGGCGAUGAAAAAUAACGUCACAGCAUCUGUGUACGGUUGCGCAAUGUUUUACGAUGUGAUCGAUCCAACUCUACGUCACAUUUUCCAAUUUCGACCUUACAUAUUAAUGAAUAUGAUUCAUACGUGGCAAAGCUGCUAUCCUAUAAGAAUUCGAUCGAUGAAUAUGAUCAACGCGCCAGCAUUUGUCGAUGUUACUGUCAAAAUUAUAAAAUCUUUCAUGACGGAGAAGAUGAAGAGUAGAUUUCACAUUUACUCACACAUGUCGCUGAGUUGUUUUAAGGAUAUUCCAGCUAAUAUCUUGCCAAUCGAAUAUGGUGGCACUGAUGGUACAAUUCAGGAAUUAACAGGUAAUUGCGAUCAAUUAAAAUUCUGA